CAUGGUGACCGAUGUGAAAAUGUCCUUGACCUAUGUGAGGAUGCCAACCCUUGCCUUGACCGUGCACUCUGUGUUGACAACGGCACAGCAGCUUCGUGUCAAUGUCCUCCCGAGACCUCUGGCACAUCGUGUAACGAGCUGAUCAUCCCCCAGUGUGAUGCAAGUCUCUGUCAGAAUGGGGGGCACCUGUUCCCGGACAGAUGCAGGUGCCAUCUCGUGUUCCUGUGUUCAAGGAUACACGGGCAGCCUGUGUGAGACCAACGAGGAUGACUGUGCCACUAGUCCAUGUGUAUCCCCAGCCACCUGCCUGGAUGGUGUGAACAAAUACUUCUGUCGCUGUCCGGUGGGGAAACAGCCGCCCACAUGUAAUACAGACGCAGAUGUAGACUACGACAUGUGUUUCCAUCCAUCCUUGACACACGGGAGUGCUGCUCUUCCAUACUCCAUCCCCAUCACCUAUGACAACAAUGGCGGCUACAGCAUCACGAUGUGGGUCAAGUAUUCCAAUGUUGAUGGUCUUGGGACAUUUUUCAGUCUCUAUGAAGACAUAUCUGGAGGGGGAAUGACGUCCACAAAACCUCUGUUCUACAUAAAUGAAGUUGGCGUCUACAGUUACCUCGGCAACACACAGAUGCUUUUGCCCUUCUUAGACGUCAUCUCAGUAAACGAUGGUAUCUGGCACAUGGUCAUCGUUACCUGGGACAACACUCGGGGUGAGCUCAGCCUCAUCAUGGACAGCAUCAGACACCAUCUUCAGGCUGACUACGCAACAGGUCAACCCCUUCCAGCAAGACUUUGGAUCUCCAUGGGAGCACACCCAGCCCCACCCUCUGCCGACACCCCUGUCAACUCCUCUGUGCCUUUCCAUGGCUGUGUGUCACAAGUCAGCCUCUACAGUAGACAUCUGGACUUUGGAUCUGAAGCAGCAGGAUUGGACCGUCGUCCCAUGGCAACACUGUCACCAGGGUUAGUGAUGAGAUGGACAGAGCUGGACACCCAUGGAUCUGCCCUCAUUGUCCGACCCUCCACGGCAAAGCUGUGUCCCAGCGGGGAUGCAUCAUGUCUCACCCCCAUUAGAGAUUCUUCUCCUGUGAAAGUGGUCUUUUGUCCUGAGAAUCAGUUUGUGGCUGCACCCUCUGGAACAGUUCAGGUUUACUGGGAGGAUCCUCGCUUCAGUGGAGCUGUAUCAUACACGUCCAACUACAGACCAGGUGUUGCACUUUCAACUGGGUCGCACAUGGUGGUGUGUGAAGCUCGAGACGCUGCAGGGAAUGUGGCCCUUUGUUCCUUUAUGGUGUAUGUCAACAGUGAGUCAUGUCCAGUUCAGGCCAUCCCACGGGAAGGGGGUGACAAUGUCUGUGAAGCCAGUAAUGGAACGUGGCCAUUCACAGCAUGUACCCCUUCCUGCCCCUCCCCUACCCAUGGGCUGGUGCAGACAGUACCAAACUACUACACCUGUGGCCCUGGCGGUAGCUGGAUCUCGCUAGCUGAGACAGAUGGGCUCUAUCCCCCAUGUGGAGAACUGACUGGCCCUGCCCAGCAGGUGUUGACGAUGAAUCUCCAGUACCGUAUUACGGUCAACUCGUGUCGUGAUGUUAGUCGGCUUCUGGAGACGGAGGUAGUGGACAGUGUGAAGAUACUGGACACCACUUGGAACGCCUUCUGUGAGGACUCAGGAUGCACCUCCAUCACCAACAACAUCACAUGCGCACUCCCAUAUUACAAUGUUCAGGUCACAUUUCCCAAUGUCAGUGCUGUGCUCAACACUUCGGCUGAAUCUCGGACCCCAACAGAGAUCCUUACUAGAGCAGUUCUGGACAAACACAUGUUUAACUACAAUGUCUUACUACCAGGGGCAAUGCCAGAAGCCAGUACCUUUAGUGUUGAUGUAGCUCUACUCUGUGCGUUAGGUGAAGUUGAAGUUGAGGGAGAUUGCUAUACCUGUGGACCAGGUACAUAUCACAGUGCACCAGUCAACAAGUGCCUCAACUGUCCUAUGGGGCAGUAUCAGCCACAGUUUGGUCAGGUCACAUGUGAGUCAUGUGAUCCAGGGAAGACAACUCCAUCUGUUGGCUCCACAAAUCCAGCAGAUUGCAUCACUAACUGUACCAUUGGGCAAUACUACAACAUCACCACUGGGACCUGUGAGCCGUGCCCAAUUGGAACUUACCAGAACAUCACGGGCGCCUUGUCCUGCAGACUCUGCCCUCUUGGUCAAGUUACGUUUAACACAAGUGCCACAUCGCAUUUAGAGUGUGUAGACGGAUGUGAGUCGGGGGAGCAGCUGUCGAUGGCAGUUGGUGGGGUAUGUGUUGAGUGCCCUGUGGGAACCUACAGGGAGAACUCAGUCAACCAGGUGUGUCUCAACUGUGACCCAGGGUUCAUUACACCCACCACAGCAUCCAACUCAUCUGCCCAGUGUACUAUAGUGGCCUGUCCAGUUGGUGAGUUCCGGAAUGCCAGUGAGAACAUGUGUCAACCAUGUCCACAAAAUACUUACCAAGAUCAGAAGUGGCAGGACAACUGUACCGCCUGUAACGACCAACACCGCACCGAUGGUAUCCGCUCCACCGCUGCCACAGACUGUAAAUUCUUUUGUGAGUCUGGGUUUGAGCCUGUGGACAACACAAGAUGCAGAGAGUGCCCCAUCGGCACAUACAAGGACUUCACCGUGGACCCCUAUGGCAGCUGUCUACCCUGUAGUGGCAACUUUAUCACUGCCUCAAAUGGCACAACAUCGGUGGCUGGGUGCUCAGUUGUGAACUGUCCUCCUGGGCUGUUCCAGUCCAAUGCUUCAUCCACACAGUGUGACCUCUGUCAGGGGUCCUACCAGCCACAGGCCGCCCAGCAGGACUGUCUGCCAUGUGGUGACAACGAGACAACAGUGCUGAUGGGUAGCAAGCUGCAGACUGACUGCACAGUGUUCUGCCCAUCUGGCCAGGAGGUUGUGGGUGGCGAGUGUCGGCCCUGUGACCAAGGCUUCUACAAGAACAACUCCCAGGGCCUGCUGUCCAUGUGUGUGCAGUGUCCAGAAGGAUACAUCACUCCUGGUACUGGAGCAGAGUCUGUUGGGGAAUGCACUGUAGGGAAUUGUUCAGCAGGCACACGGUUUGUGGCAGGACCUACUCCCACAUGUGAGAUGUGUCCUGAAGGGGAGUACCAGCCUCAGCCAUACCAGAACUCCUGUCUGAUAUGUGACGCUAACACAACCACUACCAGCACCGGAUCAACAUCAGACACACAGUGUCUCAAGUUUUGUCCAUCAGGACAGGAGCUUGCUGACUCUUUCAACUGCUCCUUGUGCAGCCUGGGGACAUACAAGGACAACAGUGCCGGGGUGUUUCUACCAUGCCAGACCUGCCCCGCAGAGUUCACCACAUCCACGAUGGGAGCCACCUCUGCAGCUGAUUGUAGUCUCAAAAACUGCAGUGCUGGUUUCUAUGUGGACACUGGAACCAAUAUGUGCAUGGAGUGCCGUGUGGGUGAAUACCAGCCUCUCCCUGCCCAGGUGGAGUGUCUGCAGUGUCCUGACAACACGUCAACUACUGGCCUAGCAACUACCUCCAUGGCUGAAUGUCGCUUGAGCUGCAGUGAGGGUCUGGAAGAUCGCAGCGACGUAUGUGUGCCGUGUUUGAUUGGCUUCUACAAGAACGUCACCAGCGUGGGGCAGUGUGAGGCGUGUCCGCCGGGAUUCAGGACUGCCACUGAAGGAGCCACAUCUGAGUCGGACUGUAAUGUGGCGGGAUGUGAGCCUGGGUCAUAUUUGGACACUGGGAAUGGUCAGUGUACACUCUGUGUGGAAGGAAGUUAUCAGCCCCAGAAGUGGCAGGACUCCUGUUUGCCCUGCACCCAAGGGCUUAUCACCCUCACCCCCGGGGCUGUCACUGAGGACCAGUGUGUGUUGGACUGUGUGUCGGGGAAGGCGUAUGAUGCAGUCUCCACCCAGUGUGAGGACUGUCCCCGGGGGUACUACCGCAACCAGACCGAGAGGAAGCCCCAGUGCCAGCUGUGUCCCCCAGACUACAUCACAGAGAGGAUAGGGUCGAUCUCAGCUGACAACUGUUCUAUGGCUAACUGCACCACCCCUGGUCAGUAUGUGGACACCUCCAGGAAUACCUGUGCUGACUGCCCGGCAGGGACAUACCAGGACCAAAAGUGGCAGGUCGCAUGUAAGACCUGCGCCCCAGGAUUCACAACCAGAACAACGGGGACAGGCUCUGUCCUCCAGUGCUAUCGUGACUGCCCCUCAGGAUGGCAGGUCGAUGAGUCAACCAAUGCCUGUCAGGUGUGUGCCAAGGGUCAGUACCGAGCCAAAGGACAGAGCUGGACUUGUCAGUUCUGUGACAUCAGCUUCACCACUGCAAGCAGUGGGUCCAUGUCCAUCGUUGACUGCAAUAUCCCUCUGUGCAGUGCGGGCACCUCCCACAAUGCAGACCUGAAGACGUGUGUGCCAUGUGCCAAGGGAAGCUACCAGUCUAUGAUAAACCAGCAGAGUUGUGUCCCUUGUCCCAACCAACAAACCACUCGAAACACUGGCUCUCUUACGAGCACUGACUGUUUAUCACUGUGUAUCCUGAACGAACACAACUGUACAGCCCCAACUGAGUGCCACGACGUCCCGGAAGGUUUCACCUGUAGAUGUUCUCGAGGCUACAGUGGUGUACCCGGCAACUGUACACGUAUGUGCACAUAUUGUAUACUUUACUGUAAUACACAUAUACUCAGACAUAUAUACAAGACUACAAUAUUGAACAAACUAUUUGGAUAACAACUUCUUUUAUUUUGUCAUAUCAAUACAGUUUAUUGUAGUGUUAUCAAGCAGGAAGGAACCAUGAAGAGAAGGGGAAUCUAACAAAGAAAACAACAUAAUUAACAUCAUUGGCUAGGCAGUAAUCUGAUAAAGCCAGCCCUGUAGAGUUGACAAGGGAAAGUGCGUUGAUGUGUGUAUCCCCUGUAGAUGUGUGUGUAGACAGUUAUCCUUGAUGUGUGUAUCCCUGUAGAUGU